UUGGCGCGAAGUGGCAAAGAUGGCUGACGGACAGGGCGACAUGGAAGUGGACACGCCUCAAACCAGCAAGGAGGCGCCGAAGGAAGACGCUAAGAAGGCCGACAAGGCAAAGCCCGGUACCUCUGGUUCAUCACCUGGCUACGAGCUUCCUUGGGUAGAAAAGUACCGCCCGGUGAAGCUGUCAGACGUGGUUGGGAAUGAGGACACCGUCAGCAGACUAGAAAUCUUCUCACAACAGGGGAACAUGCCCAACAUUAUCAUAGCAGGCUCCCCAGGUAUAGGAAAGACAACCAGUAUCCUGUGUUUGGCUAGGACCCUGUUGGGACCAGCAUAUAAGGAUGCCGUACUGGAACUGAAUGCUUCAAAUGACAGAGGAAUAGACGUGGUGAGGAACAAGAUCAAGAUGUUUGCCCAGCAGAAAGUCACUCUUCCCAAAGGGAGGCACAAAAUCAUCAUCCUGGAUGAGGCAGACAGUAUGACAGAUGGAGCCCAGCAGGCCCUGAGGAGAACUAUGGAGAUCUACUCCAAAACUACCCGCUUUGCCCUGGCCUGUAACGCUUCAGAUAAGAUCAUAGAGGCUAUCCAGUCUCGCUGUGCAGUGCUGAGGUACAGUAAGCUGACUGAUAACCAGAUCCUGGAGAGACUGCUGUUUGUGUGUGAGAAGGAGAAUGUAGAACACACAGACGACGGGCUGGAGGCUAUCAUAUUCACCGCUCAGGGGGACAUGAGACAGGCACUGAACAACUUACAGUCCACAUGGUCUGGCUUUGGAUAUGUCAACAGUGAGAAUGUGUUCAAGGUUUGUGAUGAGCCCCACCCCCUCCUGGUGAAGGAAAUGUUGGGCCACUGUGUGGACGCCAACAUUGACGAAGCCUACAAGAUCCUGAAGCACCUGUGGAAGAUGGGCUACUCACCUGAAGACAUCAUCGGAAACAUCUUCCGUGUGUGUAAGACAUACCAGAUGCACGAGUACCUCAAGUUGGAGUUUAUUAAGGAGAUUGGUUACACCCACAUGAGGAUAGUCCAGGGUGUAGACUCCCUGCUGCAGCUGGCAGGCCUGCUGGCUAGACUGUGUCUGAAGAGUGUUCCUCCAGAGGAUAUCCCAACAUAGCGACAUGGGUUUAUAUAAGGAUAGUCUAAACAUGUAUGUGCCAUGCAUAGGGACAUAAUACAUGCAACAGUCUUCACACCAAAAUAGAACUUCUUACACAACAGUUCAACAGGUCAACGGUUUAUAUGUAAAAUAUGUAUCCUCUUGAAAUGGAAGAAUAUAUAGAGACACAACAGGUCAUGGGUUUAUAUAUGGAUACUCUGACUACAUGUAUGUGCCCUUCAUAGGGACUUCAUACACACAACAGUCUUCACACCAACAUAGAACUUCACACACAACAGUUCAGCAGUUUAUAUGUAAGAAUAUGUGUGUACCUGAUAUGGAAUAUGUAAUCUGCCAACAUAGAGACAUACACUGUAGCAGGUCAUAGAUUUAUAUACGGAUACGCUGACUACAUGUAUGUGCCCUGCAUCGGGACUUCAUACUCAUAACAGUCUUCACACAAAAGAACUUCAUACACAACAGUUCAACGGUUUAUAUGUAAAAUAUGUGUCCUCCUGAGAUGGAGAACAUGCCAACAUAGCGACACAGCAAGUCAUGGAUUUAUAUACAGAUACUCUCAAUACAAGUGUGUGCCAUCCUGAUGAAAGAAUAUGUAACCUGUCUACAUAGGGACUUCAUAUACACAACAGUAUUCACAAAAACAUGGGGACUUCAUACACACAUUUUUCCUCUAUGGUCCAACAAUCUUGCUUGUGCACAAGCCAAGCGAUACAAUAAUCAAGAAAUGCGAUCAAAAUAAAAAUAU